AUGCAAAAACUGCAAAUCUGUGUUUAUAUUUACCUAUUUAUGCUGAUUGUUGCUGGCCCCGUGGAUCUGAAUGAGAACAGCGAGCAGAAGGAAAAUGUGGAAAAAGAGGGGCUGUGUAAUGCAUGUUUGUGGAGACAAAACACUAAAUCCUUAAGACUAGAAGCCAUAAAAAUCCAAAUCCUCAGUAAACUUCGCCUGGAAACAGCUCCUAACAUCAGCAAAGAUGCUGUAAGACAACUUCUGCCCAAAGCUCCUCCACUCCGGGAACUGAUUGAUCAGUACGACGUCCAGAGAGAUGACAGCAGUGACGGCUCCUUGGAAGAUGAUGACUACCACGCUACGACGGAAACGGUCAUCACCAUGCCCACGGAGUCUGAUCUUCUAACGCAAGUGGAAGGAAAACCCAAAUGUUGCUUCUUUCAGUUUAGCUCUAAGAUACAAUACAAUAAAGUAGUAAAGGCCCAACUGUGGAUAUAUCUGAGACCUGUCAAGACUCCUACGACAGUGUUUGUGCAAAUCCUGAGACUCAUCAAACCCAUGAAAGACGGUACAAGGUAUACUGGAAUCCGAUCUCUGAAACUUGACAUGAACCCAGGCACUGGUAUUUGGCAGAGCAUUGACGUGAAGACAGUGUUGCAAAACUGGCUCAAACAACCUGAAUCCAACUUAGGCAUUGAGAUCAAAGCUUUAGAUGAGAAUGGCCACGAUCUUGCUGUAACCUUCCCAGAACCAGGAGAAGAUGGACUGAAUCCUUUUUUAGAAGUCAAGGUAACAGACACACCAAAAAGAUCUAGGAGAGAUUUUGGGCUCGAUUGUGAUGAGCACUCCACAGAAUCUCGAUGCUGUCGUUACCCUCUAACUGUGGAUUUUGAAGCUUUUGGAUGGGAUUGGAUUAUUGCACCUAAAAGAUAUAAGGCCAAUUACUGCUCUGGAGAAUGUGAAUUUGUAUUUUUGCAAAAGUAUCCUCAUACCCAUCUUGUGCACCAAGCGAACCCCAGAGGUUCAGCCGGGCCCUGCUGUACUCCUACAAAGAUGUCUCCAAUUAAUAUGCUAUAUUUUAAUGACAAAGAACAAAUAAUAUAUGGGAAGAUUCCAGCUAUGGUAGUAGAUCGCUGUGGGUGCUCAUGA